AUGAAACCUCCAUCUCCAUCCACAAUCUCGUCCACGGUGACAUCUGUGUUUAAACCACGGCUUGAAUUCCCAAAAUACAACGUCACAAAGUCUAACUUCUUGGGUCACCACCGAGUGGCGCUCCAACGCAUGCGUGCUCUUUCUCAGGAUGUUGAUCUGCUUGUAGAGGUCCGUGAUGCGCGAGCCCCGCUCAGCACCCGAAACGGGCUUUUCUCUCGUGUUUUUAGUCAAAAUACCCCACGUGUCGUUCUUUAUUCGAAACGUGAUUUAAGUCCUCUUACUCAGGCUCAAGUCGAUGCCUGGCAUCCGGAGCGUAAUGGUGUCCUUGUGGACUGUAAUUCCAUGGGCGAUGUGCGCAAGGUUUUGCGCGUGGCAAAAGCUCUUGCUAAUAGAAUGGACCCGCCACCACCUCUUGGUGCUAAGAUCCUGGUUGCAGGUAUGCCCAAUGUAGGCAAGAGUACAUUUCUCAAUAAUCUGCGCACAGCUGGUACAUCUAUUAAAACUAAAGCUGCACAAACUGGUGGUCUUGCAGGUGUAACCCGAGGCAUUUCCAAUGAGAUUCGUAUAAGUUCAAACCCAAGCAUUUUUAUUUAUGAUACUCCUGGUGUGUUUGUACCCUAUGUCAGUGAUGAAAAGGCCAUGGUUGCGUUGGCUAUAACAGGCGCCAUGCGUACUUCCAUCAUCGAUCCAAUUAUUCAAGCAGACUAUCUUUUAUACCGCCUCAACCUGCAGUCUCCUGAUGGCAAGUUCUACAGUGAAUACCUGUCGCGUCCCACUAACAAUGUGCGCGAGUUACUCAAUGCUGUAUGGAUCAAGAAACUUAAGCCAAAGCAAAAGGGUGGCGGCUUUAACGAAGUUGGAGCAGCUGCGCUUUGGGUUGAUCGUUGGCGUCAAGGGUAUGAGGGUAAAGUGAUGCUGGAUAACAUUGACAAGUAUGCAGAUGGUACACGCAUUCAAGAGGCUUUGCUGGAUAAUUUUGACAUGGACUUUGAAGAGGAAUCUAAAAGAUGGAAAAAGAAGGAUGUGUUCCAGUAG